GGGGCCAUGGCCGAGGGGGGCGGCGGCGCGCGGAGGAGGGCCCCGGCGCUGCUGGAGGCCGCCCGCGCGCGCUACGAGAGCCUGCACAUCUCGGACGACGUGUUCGGCGAGUCGGGUGCGGACAGCGGAGGCAACCCCUUCUACAGCACCUCGGCUGCCUCGCACUCCUCCUCGGCCGCCUCCUCAGACGACGAGCGCGAGCGCCCCGCGCCACCCGCGUCCCCUGCGCCCGCCCUGCCGGAGCCCGAGGAGGACGAGGCCGGCGCGGGGUGGAGCGCCGCUCUGCGGGACCGCCCGCCGCCGCGCUUUGAGGACACUGGCGGUCCAACCCGAAAGAUGCCCCCCAGUGCCAGUGCCAUGGACUUCUUCCAACUGUUUGUUCCUGACAAUGUCCUCAAGAACAUGGUGGUGCAGACUAAUAUGUAUGCCAGGAAGUUCCAGGAGCGCUUUGGCAGUGACGGUGCCUGGGCAGAGGUGACACUGGCCGAGAUGAAGGCCUUCCUGGGCUACGUGAUCUCCACCAGUGUCUCCCACUGUGAGUCGGUCCUCAGCAUCUGGAGCGGUGGCUUCUACAGCAACCGCAGCCUGGCGCUGGUCAUGAGCCAGGCCCGCUUUGAGAAGAUCCUCAAGUACUUCCACGUGGUGGCCUUCCGCUCCAGCCAGUCCUCACAUGGGCUCUACAAGGUGCAGCCCUUCCUGGAUGCCCUGCAGGGCAGCUUCCAUGCCGCCUUCCGGCCUUCCCAGACCCAGGUGCUACAUGAACCCUUGAUCGAUGAGGACCCUGUGUUCAUUGCCACAUGCACGGAACGUGAGCUUCGGAAGAGGAAAAAGCGGAAAUUCAGCCUGUGGGUCCGGCAGUGCUCCUCCACCGGCUUCAUUGUGCAGAUUUAUGUCCACUUGAAGGAAGGCGGAGGCCCUGAUGGGCUGGAUGCACUAAAGAGCAAGCCCCAGCUCCAUAGCAUGGUGGCCAGGAGCCUGUGCCGAGAUGCGGCUGGCAAGAACUACAUCAUCUUCACAGGGCCCAGCAUCACCAGCCUGACACUGUUUGAAGAGUUUGAGAAGCAAGGGAUCUACUGUUGCGGGCUGCUCAGCCCCCGGAAGAGCGACUGUACGGGCCUCCCACCGUCCAUGCUGGCCAGCCCAGCCACGCCCCCUGCCCGUGGCCAGCACCAGAUCAAGACGAAGGGGAACAUGUCCCUGAUCUGCUGGUACAACAAGGGCCACUUCCGCUUCCUGACCAAUGCCUAUUCUCCGGUGCAGCAAGGGGUCAUCAUUAAGAGGAGAAGUGGAGAGAUCCCCUGUCCCCUGGCGGUAGAGGCCUUUGCCGCCCACCUCAGCUACAUCUGCAGAUACGAUGACAAGUACAGCAAGUAUUUCAUCUCUCACAAACCCAACAAGACCUGGCAGCAGGUGUUCUGGUUUGCCAUCAGCAUCGCCGUCAACAAUGCCUACAUCCUGUACAAGAUGUCAGAUGCCUACCAUGUGAGCAGGUACAGCCGGGCGCAGUUUGGGGAGAGACUUGUCAGGGAGCUGCUGGGUCUAGAGGACAUGUCGCCAGCCCCCUGAUACCAGGCAGGCCCAGGCGUGGCAGGAGGAGGAAGAAGAGGAGGAGGAGGAGGAGGAGGAGGAGGAGGAGAAGGGAACCUGCUGCCACUGUCACCUGCUACCAGAGACCCCGUGUGUGAAGAGCGUGCUCCUUCGCAAGUGCCCUGUCCAUCUUCAGACACCCACAGAGCCUGUGGGGCACAGUGCAGGUGACCAGAGGGCGGGCUGUGGCCACAGAAGGCAUCAGUGAACGACGAGCCUGGCGUGCUGAUAUCACCUGCCUUGUAUGGUGACACAUUCAAGGUCAUACAGGAUCGCACAGAGCUGGGGACAAACUGGAUGGCACAGGUGUCGGGGAGGUGGGAAUUUUCCAGCACUUGCCUCCUGCCAGGAGCUGAGCAGUCUCUUGGAAGAAGAAACACAACCGGUGCCAUUAACACACAGAGAUGGAGUGGCGAGUGUCCACUCCUGUCCUCUGUGGGGGUGGUGGGAGUGGCGGUGAGAGGGAGCCGCCAAGAUUGCAGUGAAGGAUGAUGGUGUUUUUUAUUUUUAAAUAUAUCUUCAGGUUAUUUUCUUACUGUCGCUUAAGGUCUACUGUAACAGGGAAAGGCGCCCCCUCUCCUGCCUGCACCCCUCACUGUCCCUUGCAUGACCACAGCCUGUGUCUGUGCCUGCCGCAGGUGAGAAGGGCCACUGGCUCCCAGGACACCAUGGUUGCAGGCCAUGAGCUUUAUCACAGAUGUUAUGGUUGGCAGUUACUUGUUUUGAAAAACUACAUAGCGUUUCUGAAACACAGUUCUCUCCGGAGGACCUUCUGCUAAUGGUCCUGUCCAUGCGGUGACCCUAGCAGCCGCUGCUGCUCUAAGAGGUGCAGGUGGCCUUGGAGAGCUCCAGCCUGGGGCUGUGGUCACAUCCUGGGUUGGCUGUUAUUUGACCCCAGGGUGGGCAAGGGGAUCCCCCAAGACCCAGGCUCUUCGCAGCCCUCCUGCAGGUGGUUGAGGGGCCUGACCGUCCCUCAGCAAGAACAAGGGGCUUCUGAAUUAUCUGAUCCCCCUCCACCCCUGUUUACGGAACCACCUCAUUUCUACAGAUGCAGAAUCUAUUCUACUCAGGCUUGGGACGUUUCUCCUUGUUCACGCGCGGUUCCCCCAGGGGUGCCGGCAGCAUGCUCCCAACUCCGCGUCCCUCCCACCUGAUUGGUGACUGCCCCCACCCUGUGGUUUGAAUUCGAUGCCACGGAUUGUAGGCCACAUUUUAGAUUGUGUUUCGAAACACCCUUGCCAUGCCCUUUAAUUGGAUUGAAAGCACUUUUACCACAUGGAGAAAUAUAUUUUUAAUUUGUGAUGCUUUUCUACAAGGUCCACUAUUUCUGAGUUCAUGUGUUUCCAAUACUUAGGGAGACUAAUGAAAGCUGAUGAAUUUUCUUUUCUGUCCAAAUAAGUAAAAUAAAAAUAAAAGUCUAUUUAGAUGUUGA